AAGCGAGCCAGCUCGAUGAAGCUCAAAAGAUUCUUACUGGUAAGGACUAUCAAUAAAAGAUUGAAUAUUGAAUAUUGACCAGAGGUACUAUCCACCCGGUGUGAUCUUGGAAUACGAACUUCGCGAUAAGAAUCGAGAAACAAAAGAGAUUGAUUUGCUUCAUUUAACCCCGGAGUAAUUCACGAAAGAGCGAUCUCUCCCAAAGUGCAAGGUUGUAGGACCGACGUGCAAGUUCUUGUGAAUCAGAUAACUUUUGAAGAGCCCCUGAUAAGUGAAAGUCGUAAGCCCCAAUUACGGCGUUUGAUCUACAGUACGUACACUCGGUUCCUUCAUCUGAUAUGUACAUUUCACUCAUUUAGAACUAAUUGAGAAACUCGAGAGCAAUGAUAGUAGUGAUUAUUAUUUAUUUAAGAUUCUCCGUGCACAUAUUCUGCCUUUGACAAAUUGUGCCUUCAACAAACAGGGCGACAAAUUCAUCACCGGGAGCUAUGAUAGAACUUGCAAAAUCUGGCGAACCGAGACUGGAGAAGAGCUAUUGACGUUAGAAGGACAUCGAAAUGUAGUCUAUGCGAUUGCUUUCAACAACCCCUGGGGUAAUAAGAUAAUCACGGGCUCUUUUGGUACUUUCCCUGGCCUUCCUUACUAGUAAGUUUACUAACUUUACGUAGAUAAAACCUGCAAAAUUUGGAAUGCCGAUAACGGGGAUCUUUAUCAUACCUACCGUGGUCACGCCACAGAGAUUGUGUGCUUGUCAUUCAACCCCAAUGGUUCUCUUGUCGCAACUGGCUCGAUGGAUAAUACCGCAAGACUAUGGGAUGUGGAGUCUGGAGAAUGUCUACAUACGCUGCUUGGUCAUACAGCCGAAAUUGUCAGUUUGAACUUUGAUACACCCGGUCGAAAAGUCAUGACAGGGUCUUUUGACCAUACGGUAAAAGUCUGGGAUGCCAGGACCGGGCGUUGCAUCCAUACUCUGGCAGGACACAAUGGUGAAAUCUCCAGCACUCAGGUCAGUUGCCCCUAGUUUGAUGUCAAUCAAAAGUACAUGCAUAGUUCAACUACCAGUCUGACUUAUGCAUCAGCGGCUCGAUCGAUAGGACUUGUAAGAUAUGGGACGUCCCGAGUGGUCGAUGUGUCCAUACACUGAGAGGACACAACGAUGAAAUUCUGGAUGUUUGCUACAGCGCCACUGGGUCAAGAUUGGUGACAGCUUCUGCAGAUGGGACAUCAAGAGUAUUCAACACAAUGACAGGGGCUUGUCAAUCCAUACUCAUUGGCCACGAGGGCGAAAUUUCGAAAGUAGCAUUUAACCCACAAGGCAUCCGAAUUUUGACAGCAAGCAGUGACAAAACAGCGCGCCUCUGGGAUGCCGAGACCGGCGAUUGCCUUCAGGUUAGACCAUUUAUUUUAUUCAAUUACCGUUCAUGGUGCGUAGAUACUUGAAGGUCACACAGACGAAAUUUUUAGCUGCGCAUUUAAUUACAGUGGAGACACGAUAAUAACGGGCUCUAAAGAUAACACGUGCCGUAUCUGGAAAUGUAAGUUGACUUUUAGUAAUGCGUCAAUAGUUACACUCAAUAGUUUAGGCUGAAUUGCGAGUGUAUCGGCUGAGUCCACAAAUCAACAUAUACUCUGACCUGAUAACGAAUGGGGAAUUGUUUUCGCUGAGUUUUUGAUAUUUAUUUCCGCGUUUCUUGUGUUGCAAGUGGCCGGCACGGUGUACUCGCGGUGUGACUCCAUGCGCCCCAUGCGAGAGGAGUCAUGGUCCCGGGAUCUCUCCUGGCGGCCUUACUUAGACUGUACUAAACCCGGUGGCUUCGAGGGAAACUAAAAAUGGAUAGGAGUCCACAGUGGUCCCCCCCUGGCACCCACUUCCACUGCUCGCCGGCGGAUAAAAGUGGUACUAUGAUUUUUACAAUUGCCACGGCUGCAUUGCAGGAAGUAGAUAAGCAAUUACAAGCCGAAAAGGCAAAGAUUGCUCAAUUACAAGGACAAAUGAAUGACUCAGGCUCCGAGUUCUAGCUCCGAGUUCUACUAGCUCCCGG